AUGUCUUUCAAGGUGGAUUUUGGUGGAAUUUCAAGAAGAGGUUUUGAAAUGAAGCUGAAUUAUGGGUUGGGAUCUAGGUCUCGGCGGGUGAUUCAGGACACUUGGGUGGUGGCGGCGGAGGCGGAGAUGGAUGAUGGGUUGAGUCGGAGUUGUUGGGCGAAUAUGCCGUCGGAGCUGUUGAGGGAGGUUUUGGUGAGAAUAGAGGCGUCGGAGAGUAGUUGGCCGUUGAGGAAGAGCGUGGUGGCGUGUGCUGGAGUGUGCAGGAGUUGGAGAGAGAUCGUGAAGGAAAUCGUGCGGACGCCGGAGGGGUCCGGGAAGUUGACAUUUCCUGUUUCAGUCAAGCAGCCAGGUCCAAGAGACUCUCUCCUCCAGUGUUAUAUAAAGCGGAACCGGGCUACACAAACAUAUCAUCUUUACCUUAGUGAAUCUCAGGCCCUGGCUGAUGAUGGAAAGUUUCUUCUUGCUGCUCACAAGUGUCGGCGGCCCACCCACACUGACUACACGAUUUCUCUAAAUGCUGGUGUCCAAUUUUUUGGGACAAAGUUCACAGUAUGUGAUGGUUUGCCGCCUCAUGCUGGAGCUAAAAUGACAAAGAGUCGGUCCACUCGGCUGGUGGGCUCAAAACAAGUUUCUCCUAGAGUUCCUGCUGGAAACUAUCCUGUUGCUCACAUCUCAUAUGAGUUGAAUGUAUUGGGAUCCAGGGGCCCAAGAAGAAUGCACUGUGUCAUGGAUGCAAUCCCGGUUUCUGCUAUUGAACCUGGAGGGGUAGCUCCCACGCAGAUUGAGUUUCCUCUUAGCAACAUUGAUUCCUUUCCAACACUCCCUUUUUUCCGAUCGAGAUCAAACCGCAUGGAGAAAAUUCUAUCGAGUCCUCUGGAUGGUCACAGGGAUAGGCCAUUGGUAUUGGAAAACAAGGCUCCCAGAUGGCACGAGCAGCUUCAGUGCUGGUGUUUGAACUUUCAUGGACGGGUAACAGUUGCUUCAGUGAAAAACUUUCAGUUGGUGGCUUCUCUGGAGAAUGGGCAGGCCAGAUCAGAGCAUGAGAAGGUCAUCCUCCAGUUUGGGAAAGUAGGAAAAGACGUGUUUACCAUGGACUACCGAUACCCUAUAUCUGCUUUCCAGGCAUUUGCUAUCUGCCUUAGCAGCUUUGACACCAAAAUUGCUCGUGAAUGA